AUGAGUUCCUCCAAUGAGCCUUUUUACCUACGAUACUAUUCUGGCCAUUCUGGCCGCUUCGGCCACGAGUUCCUUGAGUUCGAUAUCAGAGUCGUAGGGGACGGUCGCAGUGCAGUUACUCGAUAUGCCAAUAACUCGAAUUACCGAAACGACAGUUUGAUUCGAAAAGAGAUGUGUGUGAGCGCCACCAUUAUCGACGAAAUCAAGCGAAUUAUAAAGACGAGCGAAAUUACCAAGGAAGACGAUUCCAAAUGGCCUCAAAAGAACAAAGACGGACGUCAACAGCUGGAAAUCCGGCUCGGCAAUGACCACAUUUCAUUCGAAACCGCCAAGAUAGGAUCGCUAGUCGAUGUCACCGAGUCCGCCGACCCCGAAGGCCUUCGAGUUUUCUAUUACCUGGUUCAAGAUUUAAAGGCUUUGGUUUUCAGCCUUAUCGCGUUGCAUUUCAAGAUUAAGCCUAUUUAA